CUCGCCCGCCACCAGCCCCUGCAGACGCCCGAGACGCAGCGAGGGAGGCGAGCGGCGGCCGCACGGGAGCCAUGACCGAGACCACCAAGACCCACGUCAUCCUGCUGGCCUGCGGCAGCUUCAACCCCAUCACGAAGGGCCACAUCCAGAUGUUCGAAAGAGCCAGAGAUUACCUUCACAAGACUGGACGGUUCAUCGUAAUUGGAGGAAUUGUCUCGCCUGUACAUGACUCCUAUGGCAAACCAGGCCUGGUCUCCAGCCGACACCGUCUGAUCAUGUGCCAACUGGCCGUCCAGUCCUCUGACUGGAUCAGGGUGGACCCAUGGGAGUGCUAUCAGGACACCUGGCAGACUACAUGCAGCGUGCUGGAACACCACCGUGAUCUGAUGAAGCGAGUGACUGGCUGUAUCCUCUCCAAUGUGAACACACCUUCCAUGACACCAGUGAUUGGACAGCCCCAGAAUGAGUCUCCACAGCCCAUCUAUCAGAACAGCAACAUUUCCAACAAGCCUACUGCAGCGAAGAUCUUGGGGAAAGUGGGAGAAAGCCUGAGCAGGAUUUGCUGUGUUCGCCCACCAAUGGAGCACUUCACAUUUGUGGAUGAAAAUGCCAACUUGGGGACAGUGAUGAGAUACGAGGAGAUUGAGCUGCGGAUCUUGCUGCUUUGUGGCAGUGACCUGCUCGAGUCCUUCUGUAUCCCAGGCCUCUGGAAUGAGUCUGACAUGGAGGUGAUAGUUGGGGAGUUUGGAAUCGUGGUGUUGCCACGGGAUGGUGUGGACCCCGAGCGGAUCAUGAACCACUCCUCAAUACUCCGCAAGUACAAAAACAACAUCCUGGUGGUGAAGGAUGACGUGAACCACCCAAUGUCAAUUGUCAGCUCGACCAAAAGCAGACUGGCCCUGCAGCAUGGGGACGGACACGUCGUGGAUUAUCUGAGUCAGCCUGUCAUCGACUAUAUCCUCAAGAGCCAGCUGUACAUCAAUGCCUCUGGGUAGAGCCCGAGGCUCCACAGUGAAGCAACCCCAUCGCUCCACUUCCCUACAGCUCUCCAUCACACUUCUCUCUUUCUCUGUGUCUGUCUGUCUCUCUCACGGCCUCCUGCGUGUGUCUGCCUGUCUCACUCACCGACUCCAACGCUCCAUAGUGCAGGAAUCUCCAGGGAACUGUGGCACACCCCAGCUGCACAGCUCAGCAAUCUUCUUUGGAGAACCUUUCCCCUUUGUACACAGGGGGUAGAGCAAAUAGAGAUAUAAUCAACUCAGUAUGCUUUCAGGAGGCGGCUCUAGUGCCCACCUUCCCAGCAUGCCCUAGGGAAGUGGCUCUGCUGUCUGCCUACUGAGCAUGCUCUGGGAGUAGGGGCUUGUUCUUUUGCAUUUUCUGGCACUUCAGCUAAAUAAAACUUGGUGGAUCUUUUUAAUAGUUUUAGCGUGAGCCCCUUUGGCCUCUCUCAGUACAAUGCACUAUUUCAGAACACCACGUGCUUGGCCCAACCUGCUUGGCUCAAAGCCCAGACUUAGCAUGGGCAGGGAGUCCUCAGGCCAGGGAUGGACCCAAUUACCUUUGAAGCUGAAAAAAAAAAUCUAAAUUGCAAUUGUGUUUCUGGAGCUAGGGUUCCCAAAGGGGAGCAGCAAACCUCAGCCUGGCAAUAAGCAUUCCUGCUGUAUGCAACUACUCAUUAGGAGUGGCCAUUAUCCUUCAAUGAUUCUCCACUACAAACAAACCUUUCCAGCUUCAGAACAUCCCUGCUGUGGGCUGGGCUAGGUUUGCACCAUGUUUUGAGUCCCAGGUGGAGGGCUGCUAGGGACAGAACCUGCAAAAGAACCUGUUGCAACAGACACAGCACUGUGGAAAGCCAAUAGCAGCCACAAACUGUGGGCCCUAUUUCUCUCCCCACCUCAAAGAUGAUCAUGAGUUUAUAGCGUUCUGUAAUAUUAGUCUUUGUAUUUGGGGGGCUCACAGGAUGAGGUACUUUGUAACCCUAGAAGUACAGUUUGACACUUGCCAACAGGCUGCUGUACUUAUUUCUGCUUACCAGGCAACACCUGCUGCUGUGCACCAAGUGGGGGGACACAUUUGUCACUGGGGGUUACAGUGUCAUUUCAGCAGUGGCUGAAUGAAGUCAGCAAGGGUGAGGAUUCAGUCGUAGCUAAUUAAUCCUGAGCUGAGCACGGCUCUCAGGAGAAUCCCAGGCCUUCAGGGCGCUCAUUUGAUUGAUAGGCACAAACUACUCCUCAGGAACCGACUUCCUUGCUUGUCUCUCCCUUCCUGCCUCCGGGAGAUAGCGUAGUCUCUAUUCCUGCUUGCAUCCUCCCCUUUCCUAUCCACCCUCCCUCCCCCCCGCCAUCUUCCUCUCUUCUAGGCCACAGGCUUUGAGCUGCCCCUGGGGAGCCUGUUCAACAUGUGACAUUCACUGGCUGCUUGAGUUGCUUGCCUCUCCAGUCUGCCUCCUUCAGGAGGACCUCCAGCUGGGUUUUCCUGUCUGGGACUGUGUUGAGUGCAGCACUUCUAGUUGAAGGCCAGCAAGGGAAUGAGUGCAAGAGGAAUGUGGGUUGGAAAGCACAGGGGGAGUUGACAUGAGAACAGGCCUCAUGCACCAGAAAGGCCAGCUUUAGACUUGUGGGGACUCAGCUCCUGUCUCCAUGACAGUACACCAUCCAGAACUAGUGCAGUAUUCAAGAGGAAGGGAAAGCCCAGCAUUAGAUUUCAUCUUUCUGCCCUUCAUUUUUUUCCAGUGUAGCCAUCAGUCUUUUUUUUGGGGGGGAGGGUUAGCUGUUUGUCUUUAACUCUCGGGCAUCUGCCAAUGCCCUACUGUUAUGUUGGUGUUGACAAAGCCUGUCCUAGCCCCAGUCUGUAACUAAACACUUCAUCCCAUUCCAGGCCAGGGGCUCUGAACCAUAGGAGGCUGCUGGAGCCCCAGCCAGAGACGCUGCUGCUCAUGUCCAGCUGAGGGCUGCAAGUCUCCCAUGCGAGGGGGAGGGGGAGCUAAAAGGGUUGCACUGAAGCACAAGCUUCAGGGGAAGCUCCAAAGAGACACUGCACUGGAUUUGGUGACCCACUGAAUAAGGCACCUUGUUGCUGUGGACUUGUAACAGCCAAUUGCAAAGGGAGAAGCCAGAGGCCAAGAAGGCCCCUUGUAAUAGCAGACGCAACUGGUGGCAACCCUGAUGACAGUGACGGAGCAGGCAUCAGAGGUAGGUAUGGUGAUGCCUGUGUCACAGAGGGAAAGUCUUGAGGCCUAGAAGUUAAGAUGACUGAUCUUCUGACCAAGGUCCAGAGUAAGUCAACGUCAGAGAUGGACUUAGAACCCAGAAAUCCCUCGACCUCUGCUUGGUGCCCACCGUGGUCCACUGGAUAAGGCGGUGGGAUGUCAGUGACGCUACCAGCAAUCUUCCCCCUGCCAGGAUCACCCCCGUCUGAAGCAGCCAGCUCAGAAAUUGUUACUGCUGCAAUGAAGUUGCCUGUGACCAGGAAGGGGGAAGGGUGUGUGGAGGAUGAACUGGCGUUUCCAGGCCAAACCCCUGGUCUGGUUUCUGUGUCUCCUGCUUACCACAUCUCAGAAACUAGAAGGGGCGAUGGGAGUGGGUGAGAGACGCCACACAUGGGGUCACCUCCUCUUCAGGGACUUCUCAAUCUGGAGUUCAUGCUGCUAGCUCUGCCCUAGUGCUGCCCCCAAGAGCAUGGGAAGGACCUGGAGACCCCCUGCUCUGACACAGAGCAGGUGUAUAUAAGGGGCACAGUCAUUUUGUGGGGAGGGAGCAGCAAUUUCUUUGUCUGAUGCCUGAUGUACAUAGCCAGUAGCUAAACUCCUCUAGACAAAUAGCUCUUCCUGUUCUGUGGGUGUCAAGCUUUUCAUGAGCUCUCUCUGUUUCACAUGCGAGUUAUUUCAGAGAAUAGCAAUGGCUCCUUGCCGGAACCCACCAUACUUCUCAACUCCAAGCUGGGCACAGCUGGAGGAGAAAUAGCAAUCACUGAAUAGAACAAGCCACCAACACACACAGAGGGACUGAACCCAGAGAGGAGUGCAUCAGCCCUGAAGUGGGAGGAAGGAAUGGAUUGUAACUAGUAAGUAGUAAGGCAGGAAUACCAGGUGUUGGAAAACCCUCCCUCAGGCAAACGAAGCGUGCAAGAUGUGAAGUAUGGGAAAGCAGGCCGGCUUUCGAACUCAUCCCGUGUAGGAUGGCAUGCCUUAGGAACAUAGCAUUGUGGUAUGGAUGAUGAAUAUACUAUGUCUUACUAGUCUUAUCUACACGUCCAUGUAUCUGCUCAGUAAAUCCCAUGUUAUGGGGGAGGGGGGUGGGGGAUUUGUAGUGGGCUCUCGGGACUGGUUUGGAAAUGAUCUCGGGUUGGCAGGAGGAAGCGUACCUCCAUCUACAACCCUCGUGCUGCUAGUCAGCAAGGAACGGGGCUUUCAGUGAAGGGGGUGGGGGCAGGGGCUGGGAGAGGCUCUUGGUUUGGGUCACUGAACCUGAGAUUUUAACAAUACAAUUUGCUUAACUGAAAUGAAUAAAAAAAAGUUUUAAAAGAAAAAAAAAAAAAAA